AGGAGAGAGAGAGAGCGAGAGAGCAAGGGGAAGGCAGUAUGAAUGGAAGAGGUUCUCCCUGGCAUUCACUGCGCCUCAGUCAGCAGACAUGGCCAACUUCGCCGGCACCUGGAAGAUGAAGAGGAGCGAGAAUUUCGACGAACUUCUCAAAGCUUUGGGCGUGAACGCCAUGCUGAGGAAGGUGGCGGUGGCGGCCGCUUCCAACCCCCACGUGGAGAUCCGGCAGGACGGCGAGAAGUUCUACAUUAAGACCUCCACCACCGUGCGCACCACCGAGAUCAACUUCCACAUCGGCGAGGAGUUUAACGAGGAGACGGUGGACGGAAGGAAGUGCAAGAGUCUUGCCACCUGGGAGUCGGAUACUAAGAUCAGCUGUCAGCAGACUCUGGUGGACAGGGACGGACCAAAAACUUUCUGGACCCGAGAACUCAACGGGGAUGAGCUAACACUGGUUUUCGGGGCCGAUGACGUGUUGUGCACUCGCGUUUACGUGCGGGAAUGAAGCGCCGGAAUGCGGCAGAAGACUCACACGGGACCACAGUUUAAAUUCUAACAUGCUGAGUUGCAGUCCUCCACACAAGUAGCAACGCUCUCGCUCUCUUUCUUAACAACCACAAGAAACAAUAAAAUCUGGAUGGAAAAUA